CCUAUUGGCUGAUUCAGGCAGGGUUCCAUUGUGGGCGUCACAAUGCGGAAGUUGGACCAUGAGCUUCAGACGAAAAUUUCCUCCUGUGUCCAACAUCUGAUAUUAGAAGGGGAAGACUUGCAGACAGAAAUCUCAAAUCAAGCUUCACUUCAAGAUCUGACAGAAUCAGUUGAUUAAUUGGAUCUUAAAUAUCACUGGCCCUUUGAACCGAGCAGGAGAAAUGUUUGUCUGUUCUGUCUGCUUCAAAAGGUUUUAAGCCUCAGUGUGACUGGAAAAGUACUGAGAGAGAUGCACCCGAGUGAGUGUUCCAGUGCACUGACUGUGGAAAGAGCUUUAACCAGACAUACAGGCUGAAAAAUCAUUGCCCCAUUCACAGUGGGGAGAGACCACCCCUGUGCUUUGUGUGUGGAUGAAGCUGCCUUUGAUCAUUGAAUCUGGAGAGACACAAGGACACGUGCACCAUGGAGAAACCGUGGAAAUGUUGGGACUGUGGGAAGGGAUUCAAAGCCCCGUCUGAGUUGGAGAUCCAUCGACGCAGUCACACUGGGGAAAGGCCAUUCACCUGCCCCGAGUGUGGGAAGGGAUUCAGUGAUUCAUCCAACCUGCUGAUGCACCAGCGAGUUCACACUGGGGAAAGACCAUACCCCUGCUCUGAGUGCGGGAAGGGAUUCACUCGGUUAUCCAAUUUGCAGACACACCAGCGAGUUCACAACGGGGAGCGGCCAUUCACCUGCUCUGAGUGUGGAAAGGCAUUCGCUCUGUUAUCCCAUUUGCAGACGCACCAGCGAGUUCACACUGGGGAACGACCAUUUAUCUGUUCUGAGUGUGAGAAGGGAUUUACUAAUUCAUCCAAUCUGCAGAAACACAAGCGAAUUCACACCGGGGAGAGGCCAUUCAGCUGUUCUGAGUGUGGCAAGGCAUUUAAUCAGUUAUCCCACCUGCAGACACACCAGCCAGUUCACAAUGGCGAGAGAUCAUUCACUUGCUCUGAGUGUGGAAAGGGUUUCGUUCAGUUAUCCAAGCUGCUGUUACACCAGCGAGUUCACACUGGCGAGAGGCCAUUCACCUGCUCUGUGUGUGGGAAAGGAUUCACACAGUCAUCCACCCUGCUUUCUCACCAGCGAGUUCACAGUGGGGAGAAGCCGUUCAUCUGUUGUGUGUGUGGGAAGGGAUUCAGAGAUACAUCCAGCCUGCUGAUACACCAGCGAGUUCACACCGGGGAGAAGCCUUUCACGUGUUCGACAUGUGGGAAGGGAUUCACUCAGUCAUCUAGCCUGCUGACACACCAGCGAGUUCAUACCGGGGAGAGGCCAUUCAUCUGUUCUGUGUGUGGGAAGGGAUUC